UGUUUUGAUUUUUUAUCCUCCUCCAACAAAGAAAACUACGCACGUUUUAUUUUUUUCUUUGUUUCUCAUAGGAAAUUGUCAAAAUAAUGGAAACAUCUUCCAAAACUACUAAUAAAAGUUCCAUAUUACCGGUAUUAACAUUUCAAGCCACAUCAGCACAACAAAAUAAAAGCGAUAACUCUCCUAUAACGUGUAUAAAAUGUGAGGAAACAUUUCAGUUUCCACAACAACAAGAUGACUACUUAGGUCAUCUAUUUCUAAGCCAUCGUUUGGUCAUAGCUGAUGUUGGUGAAAUACCCUUGCUAGAGGAUUAUCUUAAAUAUUGGCAAAAAGAGUUUGAACAACAUGAAUUAGAGGAAUAUUGCACGACCAUGCUGUUAGAUCAAUUGCCAGAUGGUUCACCAGGCAAAAAUGAAAAGUACUAUUUAUUAAGUGAUAUAUUACCCAAGGAUUUUGAGUUGAGGACCAAACUUAAGAAAGAACGUUUGGAAAAAGCUUUGGCACAACAUCAAUUUGAACUGACGGAUCGUAAUUUUACAAGGGAAUGUUUAUACUGUCGGGAUGUUAUUACCGGUUUACGAUCUUUGUAUUUGGAACAUCUCUUCACCAAACACUUUUUACAAUUGGGCAAACCUGAGAAUCUUAUUUACAUAGAUGAGCUUAUAGCCAAAGUGCAAGAUAAUUUGGAAAAUCUUAUUUGUCUUUAUUGUGAAAAGGUGUUUAAAGAUCGUGUCACUCUUAAGGAACAUAUGCGCAAAAAGGCUCAUAAAAGAAUAAAUCCUAAUAAUAAAGCUUAUGAUAAAUAUUUUCUGCAAAAUUACAAGUUUCCCGAUCAUAUAACACAUACCAGAAAUCAACAGAAAAGGCAUAAAAACGCACCUAAACAAAAACAACCAGAAACAACAACAGCAACAGGCCAAAGAACUAGAUCUGCUUCACAACGCACUGCCGAUAGUGUGGAUUUUGAGCAAAGAUUUGCCCACAAAUCGGAAGACAGCGAUUCUGAUUGGUCCGAUUGGAAUGGUGAUGAUGAAUCUGUACAACCCUUAAAUUGUCUCUAUUGUCAGCAACAAUCCCAAGAUUUCACCACUUUCAAACAACAUUUAUUGCAAGAACAUAAAGUAGAUUUUGAGGCUGUUGUCAAGGAGUUAAAUUUCUAUCAAAAAGUCAAAGUAGUCAAUUAUAUACGAAGACAAGUUUGUCUUAUGCGCUGUGUUAGUUGCAAUGGACGUUUUGAAAGCCAGGAAUUGCUCUUAAAACAUUUACAAGAGGAGCAACAUUUUGGCAUUGGUUCUCAGAAACAAUGGGAUAAACCGGAAUAUUUCUUUCCCACCUAUGAAGAUGAUGGUUUACUAUGUAUUUUAGAUGAUAAUCCUAACGAUGAUAUGGAUGAUACGGUUGUGCGUAUAAUUUCAGAGGAUCCUGUAGCUCAAAUAAAUAAGGACGCAGAAAGAUUGUCAUUAGAGAAUUUUAAUUUUUUGUAAAUACUCAUAGUUAGGUGGGAAGAAUAAAUGCGAAAAGUAGUAUAUUAAGGAAAAUUA